AGAAGAUGAAAGUGGGGUGCUCCUGGUACAGACAGUGGAUUUCUCGAUUGUGAAUCAGCUGAAAGUGAGGGAGAACUUUACCCUGACGAUGAUACCAUGACACUGGCCCAGCAGAACAUUGACCAUGAAUCAGACAUGAACAGGGCCAUUGAGAGCACCCAGAACCCACACACACCAGAUGUGACCAAUCAACAGGAGAAGGACAAUCACAUGGUGGGCUUGUUUCUACCUGGCACCAAACAAGACAAUGCUCACUCACUGUCAGCUGUGUCCGAGCCUUCCACCAGCUCACUCCUCAGCACUGAGGAACAGUAUGAAGAUUAUGGAGAAGCUGACGAUACUGACUUCAUUCCCAGUAGCCCGUGUCUGGAUGAUGAGGGCAGAGCCAACGCUUUCUCUGACUUGGGUUCCUCAGUUUCCUCCAGUGCCGGCCAAACCCCACGGAAGAUGAGAAAUGUGUUUGGCAGUGAGCUCCUCGAUGUCUAUUGCUCCCAGUGCUCAAAGAAGAUUAAUUUACUCAAUGACCUUGAGGCGCGCCUCAAAAAGCUCAAAGCAAACAGCCCUAACAGGAAGAUCUCAUCUACAGCCUUUGGAAGACAGUUAUUCUACAGCAGUGACCAUAGCAGCACUAAUGGCAGCACUGAGGACCUGUUCUGGGAUAGCAUUGACUCCUGUGACAACGACAUCACGGAGAAGGUGAACUAUUUGGAGAAGAAGGUGUUAGAGCUGGAGAAUGACUGCCUGGUGAGCGGUGACCAGAAGAGUAAACUCAAACAGGAAAACACUCAACUUGUGCACAGGGUCCAUGCAAUGGAGGAGCAGCUGAGAGAUCAGGAGAGCCGAGCAGAGCAACUGUUCCAGGAGGAGCUGAGGAAACACCAGGAGCUGCUCAGUAAACUGGAGAGAGAGAAGAACGCUGAGAUCGAGAUGCUGACAAACAGGACUCAGCAGCUGGAGGAGGAAUCCAACCAGCUGAAAACCACAGCCACUCGCUUAAAGAGUCAGACAGAGAAACUGGAUGAGGAACAUCAGCGAAUCACAUACAAACUGGAGGACACCAGCCUGCGGCUGAAGGAUGAGAUGGACCUUUACAAAAAGCUGGUGGAGAAGAUGAGGAGGAACCGGCAGGAGUUUCAGAAAGAGCGGGAGGUGAUGCAGGAGCUGAUUGAGGAUUUGCGGAAGGAGCUGGAAUACCUGCAGUUGUAUAAGUUGGAGGCGGAGAAGCCAGGAUGGAGCCGGGGCCCAGCCUGCACUGCGAUCGAGUUGAGCUUCCGUAAUAAGGAGAUGGAGCUUGAGUAUGAGGCCAAACACCUGAAACAGGAGAACCUGAGAUUACGAGAGCAGAAUGAUGAUUUAAAUGGACAGAUCCUCAGCCUGAGUUUGUACGAAGCGAAGAAUCUGUUUGCAGCUCAGACCAAGGCUCAGUCACUGGCAGCAGAAAUCGAUACUGCCACCCGAGAUCAGCUAAUGGAAGCUCUUCAGGAGCAGGAGGAGAUUAACUUGCGAUUGAGGCAGUACAUGGACAAAAUAAUUCUGGCUAUUCUGGAUCACAAUCCCUCCAUCCUGGAGAUUAAGAAAUAAAGGCCGAGGGGCACACUGCCUGGAACAUGGGUUCGAGUCCAGCCGUGCUCGUUGCUGAGUGAUGGUGGACUGAUAUCUUGACAUUAAUAUUCAUUUCCUGGCUACAUGUGAAUUUAAACUAAUAUCUGCUGUGUUGGAGGUUUAUUUCUGCACUUUUCAAUCCUGUGAAAAUAAUGAGUUUGAUCGGGAAGAUGUUGACAUUUUUUGAUGCGUGAUCAUCUCCACAGGAGUGACUUAUUCCAGUGGAAGUGUGUAAGCAGGAGGAUUGUCCCAGUGCUGGGUGAACAGGAAGGUUUGUGACUGACUGGUUACAAUGGAAGCACCUUUCUCUGCGGUGAAAUUGUUAAA